AGCAGAACCAACAAAAAAGUAGGUGGCAAAGGCAGACAUCCCGAGCCAUAACGGAUCAUCACUAGCAACCGACGUCGUCUUCACUGUCGAACACCUUUUUGUCUCUAUCAAUAAGCCUAUUCCACCUCAACGAUUGCACGACAGAGGAGUAUUAGUGAUGGCUUUAGUAGGAAACAACACGCCCCCAUCGCGGCUACCACCAUGGAAUCAACUAUCUUAUGUUCUCGCAAAAGAUAUCUUCAAAAACAAUCUUCAUUCAGAAUUUCUUACUGGUCCUGAGACGCUCUAUUUCGAAAGUGCUGUAGAAACAUUCACAACUUGGCUAGCCUUCAUGUCACCUGCCCGAGAUUAUGGAGUCUCGGUUGCCAACGAUACCAUAACUGAACCUGAAAUUGUUGCAUUCCGCAUACGCUCUAUGAUCUUUGAAAAGUUCAUACCUCAUCUUUAUCACUCCAAUCGCCCAUGCUGUCGCAAUUUACACCUUGAUCUCGCCCAAUUAUGCGAGUCCGCGCGCCACUUACAAAUUCCAGAUCCUGCUGCAGUUGCGGAAGCAUCAAUACAGCGGAAAAAGGCCCUUACUAAUCUUAAAGAAACAAACCAUGCAAAGACGCCCAAUUCUUCACAAAAUCCAGACGAAGAAACAGAUAAUGAGCCAGCUAUCAAAGUAGAACCACCUUCUUCAUUAGGUACAAUUCCAAUUGAGCAAGUAGAAAAAGUGCCAAUUAGAGAGAUCUACCAAACCCUUGAAUACGACCAGGCAGCAAUGAUUGAACAGAAGAAGUUACAGGAAUUCGAAGCACAAGAGGAAUUAAAUGAGGAAGAAGAAAAAGAUAAUGCUGAAGAUCAGUCGCUUGCUAUAUUCAAUGCAAAUGGAAACUUCAAUCUCAAGUAUCUACUGCAGGGAAUAGCAGCCAACAGACAGCAGACAUCUCUUUCAGACCGGGAUCUUCAGAAUCUCUUAUCUGACUUUAGACCUCACAGAUCAAAAUGGGCAAAUGAUGAAAGACCGGGUCAAGAGGAACUGUAUGAGGCGUGUGAGAAAGUAUUGAAUGAUCUCAAGAAUUAUACGGUGAUCAGCAAAAGAGAGGCCCCAGACUAUUUCGAAGUUAUUAAACGACCCAUGGAUCUGGGAACAAUCACCAAAAAGUUAAAGUCCUUGAAUUAUAAGUCUAAAAAGGAGUUUUCCGAAGAUCUCCAUCUGAUUUAUGAAAACUGCUUGAUAUACAACACAAAUCCUGCAAGCGAAUAUCGUAAACAUGCCAUAGCAAUGCGAAGAAAGACUGACAAACUAUUGUCUCGAGUACCAGAUAUCUCGAUCAAGGAAAGGCCUGAGGCUGAAAUUGAUGAUGAGAUUGAUGAGCCAAGUGAAGAAGAAGAUACUGAAUCUCAUCGUGCAUUUAGAAAGGCACCUGGAUCACAGAAGCAUCCUACUGCAUCGAAACAAAGAGGUUCUACAUCAGCAAAUCACGAUAAUUUGGCAGCACGUGGUUCUCGAGAGAGAUCUUUAACAUGCGGAUCAAAUUCAGCGUCGCAUGGAGUAGGAGAUGGAGUGAAUAUGGGUCCUGGUAAGGAUGAAAACAACAGAGGCCAUUCCGUGUCAGAAAAUGGCGUGUCGCAUAAAAACUAUGGAGGGAAGCAACUUAAAAAUCAGAAUGGAGUUGUGGUGGAGAUCGACCUGGAACAGGAAGAAAAGAAUGUGGGCGCAGAAAUUGAUGGUGAUGUGGGAGAGCUACAGGACCAAGUGUGGCGAGACAUGACUAAGAAGACGAGAGCAAAAAUGACGUCUGAUAUAGAGAAGCAAUACCAAUUCUCAUUUGGAGACAGAGAGGCAAUUUUACGAUCCCCUCUAGAUAUGGAGCGGUUUGCCAUGCUGGAACACGUGCAUUCUACUCCACAAGUAACCCAAAGAUUAGUUAGAUGUACAGCGGAUACAUUUUCACAGUGGACAGAGAGAAGAGGAGGAAAUGCGAGUCUUUACGAUGAAUUCGAUAUAAAUCUUAGCGACGAAGAAAACCUUGAUGCUUUUUUUUCACGGAAAAUAGCAAAGCCAAAAACUGAACAAGACGACGAUACUCGUACAGAUUUAUUUUUGCCUGAAUACAUCAUAUCUAGUGGAAUCCCUGAAAUUGCUGGUGUACCUGAAGAGUUUAUUGAAGAUGAACCGAAACGGGGGAAGCAAUCUUCUCGUAUGUCACGAUUUGACGAUACAGGGUUUGAGGCUACGUCUUCACGACCAAAGGGUUAUACUGAUGUUUCCCUGGAUGUGUAUCCAUGUACAUCUUUCCCAAAACAUGGAUUAAAUAAGCUGAUUGAUCGAAAUCUUCAUGAGAUGCAACACAUACGUACAGUGUACAACAAAUGUAAUGCCGUUCGUAACAAUGUACCGAUAUCGACAUUUGCUUCUAUACCUUUGGAUGCGGUCGAUCCUGUUUUAACCUCUGAAUUUGUCUUUGCAAAACCAGCGCCCGUAAAGCCUGCCUAUACUUCUAAUCCUUCUACAUCUACACAACCGCACUUGCCUUCAUCUUCGCUGCCGCCUAAACCUGCCUCACAUAAGGCGAUACCACCUCUCAUUAUGAACCAGGAUUCCAGCCAACAACUUACACAAAGAACCGUUGCUAAAUUGCUCGCUCAUGCUGGUUUUGAGGGAGCUCAUACCGGCGCGUUGAACGUGCUUACGGACAUGAUGUCAGAUUAUCUACUUAACGUUGGAAAAACACUUCGGACGUACUGGGACGACUAUGGUCGUCAGAUGAAUGGCGAGGAAAUUAUUAUGCAUACUUUAUACGAAAAUGGAGUCCCUUCCAUUCGAGCUUUAGAAUCAUACAUACAUGAUGAUAUUGAACGGUUUGGCACUCGAUUGGAAGAUUUGCAUAGAAAACUUGAUUCUUCCUACCAAGAUAUACUAUCGGGAUCUACAGAUAAAUGUAGUGUAGAUACAGAUGCACUCUUACAAGAUGAAGAAACAUUCAUAACUGGUUCUUUUGGCGAAGAUCUUGGUGAGGACUAUUUUGGAUUCAAAGAGCUUGGUCUAGAAAGAGAUUUUAACUUAGGCGCCUACCCGAUUCCCUCGCGCUUGUGGUUUGGUGGGAAUAAGGAAAAAGCAAAGAGUACAAGCAUUGCAAAUAAUGAACCGCUACCGAAAUAUCCCCCUCCGCCUCCAUUCACACCUCUUACUAGUGAAAAGGAAUUAAUUGGGCUUUUACAGCCUAUCUUCCGGAAGAAACUAGCCGAUACUCCUCAUGGACUAGUUGAGGAUGAAUACUUGCCUAGAAACCGAAACAGACCUCGAUAUCCACCUAUUAAUAAGAACAGCGGUAUCGGAAGGAAGAAGACAGCCAAGGACGGAAGCUCUUCCGGCGGUGGUUCCGGGAAUGGGGCUGACAGUAAAAAAUCAAAAAGGAAGCGACCGUUAGAAGAAAUCAAAGCCGAGAAAGCUGAGCGUGCAGAAAAGAAACGCCAGAAAUUAGAAGAGAGGGCUCAAAGGAUGGCUGAAAAGGAACAGAAGCGUAAGCUUAGGGACGAGAUGAAAGAGCAAGAGCGACAGGCUAAGCUGGAAGCUAAAGAGAAAAAGGCCAUUGCAAAAAAAGUAAAGCAGCUAUCUACACCUGUCGAUUCAUCUUCUCAAGCGGCUUUUGUUCCUCCUUCACUUGAUUCUCCUUCAAUGGUUGACCUUGAAGAUAAUUAAACAGCAUUAACAAUGCAAAAUAAUAAGUCUUUUUUUUUGUAAAUAAUACCUCUUCUAUUCUCCUGCUUUUUUUUAAUAUAUAUAAAAAAGCUAGGUAUCUUUAUUUUUUUUUCUUUUAGCAAACGUGUAAUAAAAUUCAAUGUGAUACAAUAAAAAGGGGACAAGGAUAUAAUCAUAUAG